AUGGGGUGGCUGCAUUGCUUCUGUGUUCCCAUAGCAGUCGCGUUGGUUAAUGGACAACAUAUAGUUUUGAUGGAAGGAAUUAACCAUCCUGCAGCAGCACCUCAUUUUGACCAACAAGAUAUAGUACCAGAAAUUCUAUUGGCUGAUUCUGAUAGCAUCCAUAAAAAAUUGGUUGUUGAGCAGCCUAUUCCAGCCGACACUCUCAUUGACCCAGAUGGAAGAUUCGUAAUUGAUCAAAGACAUCGGAGACGCAGAAAUGAUGCACGAAGGCUCGAAGAAGAACAGUUUAUUGAAGAUGUCAACAAGUUUCAAAAAUGUAUAAAGGUGGAGUGGCAAACAUGGUUAUUAACAAUGUGUGGUUGUUUUUGUAUUGUUGCUUGCGGUGUCGCACCUGCCUUUAUUCUGCCAGUUAACAGUGCUUUCUUCUUGCAAACAUCACAAGGACGUUCCCAUCUCAAUUUAUUGUUGAGUUUUGCCGUUGGAAGUUUACUUGGCGAUGUAUUUCUUCACCUUCUGCCUGAAGUAUGGGUUGGGUAUGAAGGGAGCAUUUUAACGGCCGGAUUAUGGAGUACAGCUGGUCUGUUGUUAUGCUUUAUCAUUGAAAAGUGUUGCGCAACCACAGAAGAUAGUCAACGAACGGUUUGUGCAAUUAUGAAUUUAAUCGCCAAUAUAACUGACAAUUUCACGCAUGGACUUGCUGUUGGAGGAUCAUUCCUCGUUGGACCAAAGUUCGGUAUGCUAACCACAUUUGCUAUUGUUAUUCAUGAACUCCCACAUGAAAUCAGUGAUUUUGCUAUUCUUCUUCGCGCUGAUUUCGAUAAGUGGUCCGCUGUUAGGGCACAGUUAUUAACGGCAGUUGGAGGAAUAGCUGGUGCUUGUGUAGCGUUAUUCAUUAAUACGGACACUGUGUUGGGUGGUGCAGCGCAGUGGAUUUUACCAUUCACUGCGGGUAGUUUUCUGAACAUCGCUCUUGCACAUAUUCUACCUGAGUUGAUGCGCGAAGUGAAUCCAAGGCAGAGUCUGCUCCAAUUGGCUCUACUGUUUGGUGGUAUUGGCAUAAUGGGUGCUCUCAACCAGUUUCAUUAG